AUGAAACAAGGCAGUCAAGCCGACAAAUCAUCACAACUCUUGUCAAAAACAAAGGAUUAUAUCGACAAGACAUUUGACACAAAUUAUUCACGUGAUUGGAAUGCCAAUCAAGUGGUUUCCUGGAUUAAAUUAAUAGGAUUGGACUCGUUCGCCAAAUCCUUCUCCAAAAUUAAAAAUCUAAACGGUGAUUAUCUCUACAAGAAUAUUCUACAAUCGGAAGAAGCCAAUUUGGCAUUAAAUUUUAAAUUUAUUACCAAGUUUGGAAGUAUUAGAAAAUUAUUUUUAAAUUCUCAACAAUUGAAGAAUAAUUUGUAUCAUUUGAAUGCGGAAAUGGUCAUGAGCGAGGUGAUUAAGAAUCCAAAUGUGCUUUCUCCCAAGAGUUUGAGUAUUUUCUCUAAAAAAGAAGAAAGUUCUCUAAGUUCAGGUGGAAGUUUCGAUUCACUCUUCAAGAGUAUGAGUGAAAGUAGUUUAUUUGAAGACGAUACCAUGGAUUUGAUAACUACUAGUUAUGGAAAAACAAGUGGGAGGAGUGAAAAUUGUUUACAAAAUGUAACCAGUGAUUCGUAUAUUGAUUUUAAGGCCUUACCUUCAAUUGAUAUUGCUUAUUAUUUAAAGAGGAAACGAAUUUUAACAUCAAAGGAACAUUUAUCAAUUGUUUUGCAACAUGCCAUUGAUGGACAAGUUUUCCUCUCAAUGAAAACUCGAUUGGAUUGGAUUCAAUUGUUUGUUUUUCAUUAUAAGGAAUAUUAUCUGAGCCCUGAGGAGGUUGAUAUUGAGGCAUAUUAUGUGAAAAAUUGUAAAUCAAAUCUUGCUUGGCCAAAUUCAGAACAAAUUGAAGCUCUGAAAAAUAUUGUCACUUCACAGUGA